AGUUUGAACUAAGAAUUCUCGAUAAGAGACUCGUUUCAAUAGCGCCUGUCGAAUGCCAUGAAUAUUUACGCCAAAACUUUACAGCAAAACAAUAUUUUCAUUCAAGACAACAAGGACAAGUACGCUAUUCCACUAAAAAUACAGCAAAAUGUAACAUACCCAUGUAAUUUGGUUUUCUUCCGUGAGAAUUUCAGAAAGACUCAAUUUCCUGCUUCGCAACGUAUGACGUACAUGAAGUUAUGGCACAAGUCGAGAAUCAUAAGUGACAUAUGAGAAGGCAAGCACGUGUUGAGAAAAUCAACCAUACGUCGAUAUUUCUGACUGGCAAACUGGACAGCGGUUGCGAAACGUAUAUUGUAAAUACUUCGUGUCAUCCAUAUAACAUAACAUGGUCUUCAGUAAACAAUGGCUGAAGAAAAUGGCGUACCGAAUAAUAUCGUAGAAAAUAUUCUUACAAGACUGGAAUUAGGCCAUGACUGGACGUACUCUCUUCGCGCAUUUCUCCCCAAGAAACUGGUGAAAGAGAGGUCAGGCGUUUUUUUACUGGAAGAAGAACUUCUUCAACAUCACAAGCAUCGUCUUCCAGGCUUGCAACCGGGAGACAAAAUUCAACCUAUCCAAAUAACAGAAAUUUUGUACGGAGGCACAAUUUUCAAGGACAACGUCCUUCAAAUGUUGGUCGCAAGAAAGCUAAGGAACCUAAAGUCAAAGCCAUCGAUAACAGGACCUUCAUGCGUGACUUGGUACUGCUUGACGGACCUUCCAUUCUUGUUGUCCCACGUCAGGGAGCGCGUCUGUAUUUAAUGGAGAGAGGGCAUGUGAUAUCAGGAUGUAGAUUCACUAGAGGGAUGAAUGCAGCACAAGUAGAGAUCACCAUAAUGGAGGCGUUUGAUGGAAAGGUUCCUCUAGGUGUUGAUAUCGAAAUACUGAUGUCCAUGCAUACAUCUUUGGUUGCUCCAACUUUGGCACCUGGGCAACAGGGCAUUGAUGGGGCAAUACUGCAGCGGCUGUUUCAAAACAAACCAAUUUAUAUUCGUCCAAGUGAACAAAUAAUUGUGUCUGCACCUGGACAAAAACCUAUAUCACAGAAGGGAAACAAUCAAUUUAAUGAGGAAAGUCCUAUUGAUUUAGAAAUGGAAGAUGAAAAUGUCUUUAGAUAUUUUAUGGGCAGAGGAUGGUACAGUGACACCAUCAGUGGCACAUGAUGAAUCAGAAGAUAUGAUGAAUUUUGGUUCCGUGACUUCUGCCCAACAAGUUGUUGAGUCCGAUAACCUUUUGGCAUCAUCAGAGUUGCAGGAUCCAUCAGACAACAGGACUUUGGAAUCUGCAACACCUGCCGAAUGUCCACACUUAGAGUUAGAAGGCGCCAAGCAUCCUCCGACAAGGACAAG